GUAGCUCUACAUCUUCUCGAUUUUUUAUCUUUCCUGAUUCCUGUUUGUCUUUCAUUCACCGAUACCUUCGUUAGGUGAUCACUGUUGCCCACUGACGUCAAUCAUAUAGUUAUCCCCUAGUCUCUCUUUUGCUAUACACAAUGUUCAGACCCGCGGUCGCUCGUCAAGCCGCAAAGGCUGUCUUCCAGUCCUCGCGCCUAGCUGCGUUGGUUUCUACAGCACGGCCAUCGCUAAACACAUUCGUUCGCCCCCUCUCCUCGAGCGCUUCGCGUUUCAACAAAGACGAUGACGAUAUUAAGAAGGACCCAUUCUUGACAGCCACGACGAAGGCCCCCGAAGGCACAUUAGGCGAGACAGAAGGUCGCUUUGCUCGUACUGAUGAAAAUGUCAAGAUUGAGUACCCGGAUGAUGAGAACAUGCCCCGGUCUCCGAUCGUCCAGGGCCGUGGUGGAAUGCACUUCAAGCGCACCCUAGCCCAGUUCUCUCUCGAGAACAGGGUUACCCUUGUGACUGGAGGUGCUCGUGGUCUGGGCUUGACCAUGUCUCAGGCUAUUGUGGCUUCGGGAUCUGACCUGGCCAUUGUCGACCUGAACAAGGAGGAAGCUGAGGACCAGGCUAAGAAGCUCGUGGAGCAGUUCCAGAAGGAGAACCCGGGAUUGGAAGCUGAUCAGAUGCCAACUGUCACCGCUCAUUAUGCCGAUGUGUCCAAGCCCGACUCCGUGAACGCCGCCAUCGCCGAGGUACUCGAGAAGCACAAAAAGAUCGAUCACCUUGUGACAUCGGCUGGUUUCACCGAGAACUUUGACGCCAUCUCCUACCCUUAUGACCGAAUCCAGAAGCUGUGGGGUGUCAACGUGGAUGGUACCUACCUAUUCGCUACCGGGGUCGCUAAGCACCUGAUGGAGCGGAAAGCCCCUGGUAGCAUUGUCAUGAUUGGUAGCAUGUCUGGUGCGAUUGUCAACGUGCCCCAGCCCCAGGCUCCUUACAACGCGGCCAAGGCGGCGGUCCGUCACCUUGCAUCCUCGCUUGCCGUUGAGUGGGCUGGCCACGACAUUCGCGUCAACUGCAUAAGCCCUGGAUACAUGCUGACUGCGCUGACCCGCAAGAUCUUGGAAGAGAACCCCGAGCUCCGCGACAAGUGGAUUUCCCUCAUCCCCACCGGCAAGAUGGGUACCCCCGAGGACCUGAUGGGCGCUGUGACGUUCCUGCUCAGUGAUGCGUCUCGCUACGUUACGGGAGCUGACCUCCGUGUUGACGGUGGCUACACUCUCACCUGAACCAUUGUGAAUCAUCUCUUUUACGUGACAUGAUGUACAGGAUUAC